AGAAGACCCAAUUAGUGGCAGGUGAGCUGCUUACCGGGUAGCAUGCAGUGUUUGACCGUCAUGGUUAUCUUAGUCAUCGUCUCUUGUGCAGUAGCUUUAAGCCUUUAUUCUGCAAGUUCAGGGGAGAUGUAAGUGUGGAUUAAUCGGCUGAGCCUAUGAUGUAUUAUAAACCUUACUGGUGUCAAUGCAAGGAGAUUGGACUUCCUUCAUGAUCCAUCCUGCACGAGGAGGACGCGUCAACUGAGUCCAGUACUGGCAGGGGUACGGUCGGGUGUCUGAGUGGAUGAGGAGGUGAGUGGACAGAGUAGACGAUCGCUUGAACACUUUCCCACACACCUUGCAGCCGAAGCUCCGGUCCUGAGGAAGACGACGAACACACAGAGACAUGAGGAGGAACCCAAGUAACUCCAGGAGCUCCAAAUGAGGCCUGGCUUUUAAAUCUAAACGCUCUCACGGUGCGCUGUACCUUAACUCGAGCGUAGCCGCUGAGCAUCCUGAAUCCAAAGGGCAUGUGAGGGAGGUCUGUGGCGUUGGGCGAUCGUACCAACGGGAGGGACAGGCUGCUGUGAAAAGAUCUGAUGACUGUCCGAGGACCAAGGGGAGGUCAGGAGAGGAGCGCCUCUCGUCUCCACAGUGGGAAUGUCUGAAAAUGCCAGGGAUCCUCCGUGUGGACGCUGUGAGACUGGACUGCCCUCCCCUCCCACGGUUGGCUGCUGACACUGCGGAUCUGGGAGCGACGUCUGAAGCGGUCCUUGGACGAGCCGAGAAGAUGAGCCUUCUUGCUCCUGACGAGGAACGACCGAGGCAUCGCAGAGCUGUGACUGCAGAUAAAAACUCCUGCAGGAGUUUAAGAAGCUCGGCUCUGAGGGAGUUAAAGGGUUGCACUGAGCCUCACUCGGUGGGUCUUGCCCGGGUCCUCGUGCUGAAUCAGAUUUUUCAGCCACACAUCCUCGGCUGCCAUGGAAACCCAUGAAAAGCUGUGUGUCGGCCAGCCGAGGAGGAGUUUGUUGUAAGUUUUUCUGAGUUUUUCACGGCAGAACCAGACAGCUCCGGUAUGAAGCCUGUGUGGGGCGGCUGUGAGCGGAUCAGAAGAGGGAGAGAGAGAAGGACCAGAGAACAAGUUGUUUAGCAGGAGCUCAGCAUGUUCUCCCUGUCCGAGCUGGUUCCUCUGAACCAGCAUCAGAGCAGGUCUAAACUCCUGAAGCCCUGGUGGGAGGUCUUCAUGGACUACCUGGUGGUCCUGAUGCUGAUGGCGUCCGUCCUGGCCUGCACUGAGCAGCUGUCUAGAGACCGGGUGGUGUGCAUCCCUUUGGAUCCUGUUUUUACUGUGAACACCAGCCAUCAAAGUCCAGGUCCUGGUGGAGACGAGGCGCUGACUCCGCCCUCAAAGCCUCCAACUCACUCUCCACACAACAUCAGCCCAGAUGUUCCUCCAUCCAGAGGACGGAAGACUCACCUGGUGUACCAGCAGUACAUUUACAUCAGCCAGGUUUGUUACCAUGAAGCUCUUCCUGUCUGCUCCCGCUUCUUCCCCUACAUGGCCCUCCUGCAGACUCUGGUCCUCGUAGCCAGCGGCUCCUUCUGGCUUCACUUCCCUCACACCUCCGCGCGCAUCGAGCACUUCCUGGCCAUCUUGGCAAAGUGCUGCGAAUCCCCGUGGACGUCUCAGGCGCUGUCCCACGCCGCCCAGCAGGAGAACCUGCCGGACGAGAGAGGACCGCUUCGACGAGCUCCGUCUUUGAGCUCGACCCCGGUGAUCUACAGACGACAACCGAGCACCGACUCCGGCACGGAGAGUCCGCUCUUAAAGAGGUCCGACAGCGGCUCCUCUGCUGCUCCUCCCUCCCCGUGUCCCUCCAACCUCUCCUGUAACUCCAUCAUGUCGUCUACGUCUCACAGCUCUCAGGUGAACUCUGUGAAACCUUCAGUCAUGGACAGUCCCAGGCAGGUCCUGAGUCUGGAUAAGAGUGACGGGGAGCAGGCGAGGGCGCUGUUUGAACGGGUCCGGAAGUUUAGAUCUCACUGUGAGAUCUCAGACGUCAUCUACAAGGUCUACUCGGCUCAGACGAUAUUCAAGCUGCUGAUGGUGACUCUGAUCGUGGGUUACACCAUCCCUCUCCUCGGAUCCUUCUCCUUCACUCACACCUGUCGCCCGGAGGAGACGGCCUUGGUGGGCUACGAUACCUUCGAGUGCAUCCACGUGAUUUCCUCUCUCAUGCGCAAACUGCUGGUGGCUUACCUGACCCUGCUGGGGCUGUACGGCCUGCUCAACGUCUACACCCUCAGCUGGAUUUUACACAGCUCUCUGCGUCAGUACUCCUUCCACUCCCUGAAGGAUCUGUGCUCCCUCAGAGACGUCCCCGACCUGAGGAACGACCUGGCCUUUCUGCUGCACAUGUUAGACCAGUACGACCCCCUGCUGGCCCAGCGCCUGUCCGUGUUUCUGUCCCCCGUCAGCGAGAGCCGGCUGAUGGAGGAGAGCCUGGAGAGGCGCUGGGGGGAGGAGAAGCUGCGCGCGAUGAUCAGUGUGGAUGCAGACGGCUGCUCCAGGCUGCAGCUGGUGGCUCUGCCUCGCCUCCCCCCGGCCCUCUUCACCCUGAGCCAGCUGCAGGUCCUCAAACUGGAGCUCAUCGCGGACGCCAGGUUCACCGCACAGGUGGCAAACAUGGCGGCACUCAGGGAGCUCCAUCUCUAUCACUGCAUGGCCGCCGUGGACCCCAGUGCCCUCGGAGUCCUCAAGGAACGUCUGGAAGUCCUCCACCUCACCUUCACUCAGGCCUCAGAGAUCCCCAGCUGGGUCCUCUCCCUCCGCAGCCUGCACGAGCUCCACCUCUGUGGUCGUCUGAGCAGUGACGGUGGAGUCGGCCGCAGCUGGUCGUUGGGGAGCCUCCGUCUGUUACGCCACCUUCGUUUGCUGGUGAUCCGGGGCCGGUUGCAGAGGAUCCCCGGGGAGCUGUGUGAGGUUGCGGGCAGCUUAGUGAGACUGGAGAUCCACAACGAGGGCACCAGGCUGCUUGUUCUCACAGGUCUGAAGAGGAUGGUGGACCUGACGGAGCUGCUGCUGCAGGACUGCCAGCUGGAGCGUUUGCCCUCCGCCCUGCUGGCUCUCACCAACCUGCGGACGCUCGACCUGCAGCACAACAACCUGAGGACUCUGGAGGAGCUGCUCACUCUGGCUCAUCUGAGACGCCUCUCCUCUCUCAGACUCGCCUACAACCGUGUUCUGGUUCUGCCGAACAGCGUCGGGGUGCUCCGAGGCUUGGAGCUCCUGGAUCUGUCAAACAACCAGCUUCGGGGUCUCCCUCCAGCUCUCUUCUCGCUCCGUCACCUUCGCAGACUCCUGCUGGCUGGAAACCUUCUGGAGGAGCUGCCUGCAGCGGUGAAAGCUCUGCAGCUGCUGACAGAGCUGGACCUCAGCGGGAACCGGUUAGAGAACCUCCCCUCUGAGCUGUUCAGGAACUGUUUGGAGCUGCGCACCCUGAACGUGGCACGAAACUCCCUGAGCUCUCUGCCCAGUGGGAUCGCAGCUCUGAGCCACCUGAGCAGGUUGGACCUGCGCAGUAACAGUCUGGAGGAGCUGCCGGCUGAGCUGGGCUGCUGCUCGGGCCUGCACGGAGGAGGGCUCCUGGUGGAGGAGUGGCUGUUUCUCUCUCUGCCCCCCCAAGUCAGGGACUUCUUGAGCCACUCUUUUACCUUCACUGGGAAACGCUCAGAGGAUCACACCCGUCCAGAGUCGGACAGUUUCCCAUACUUCUCUCCGACGCUGUGGAGUUUCUCCUCUGCUCUGGAAUCACAGAUUUAACUGCAUCCAUGAGGUGUGGAAAGCAUUGAAAAAACAAGUUCCUGAGUCAGAAAAACAACUCAGAAACUCAGGAAUUAAACAACUUUAUGACCCAAAACAAGACUAGGUUUCCUUAAACACUAAUAUAAGUACAGCUUACAUUCUGAGCUUGAAGUUAUUGAAGUUUCUCUGAGUUUCUAAACUGGAAUUAAGGUCCUGACUUUACAACUUGACGUCAUAUUUGUCAUCAACAUGAAGAUUUGAUCAUGUUCAACUUUUUAUUAAUUGCAGAUUAAUUUUUUGAUCCAAUAUAAUUUGUAACAUGAUACUACCAUUAUUUCUUGUCCUCACAGAGUGACCUAGAUUAGCUAAAAAGUUAUUUUUAACAUUUAUAAGGUAAUAUUUUAAUAUUUAUAAACAUUCCUCCUUGAUCAAAAAGUCUCAGGUAAUGUUAAACCUGACUUUCUGAAAUGAAACCACGUGAACAAAAUCAGAAACUGGGAUUAUCCAAGGUGCUCAUGAAUGCAGCAUAAGACUAACGGCCAGCACUUUCCUAACACUGAGAGUUUAUCUUAUCAAGGUGCUUUUGCAUGCUGAUUUUUUUUAUACAUAUUUUUUAUAACACUUUAUUUGAUGUAAAGAAAUGUUCAGACUCCUUUUUUGUGGGUCUAAAACCACUGUAGUUGCUGCAUUUAAAUUUUAACCCACAAAGAACGUAUGCAGAUGAAUGUAUCCACAUGAAAAUAAGUAUGAACAAACUGCUGGCGUGAAAAAUGAAAUGAUACAAAAUGCUAAAUAAUCUGAGCAGUAAAUGAUGGUAAAAUGUAAAUAUCUAAUAUUUUUUAUUAUUAUAAAAUAUAUCUUUAACAGGAGGGUGGUAAAAUGAUAGUAGUCUUAGAUGUAUUAAUUCUGCAGGACUGUCUGUGCAGAUGACAUAUAGAAAAGAUCCUGUGUUUUUUAAAGAGCAAAAUAUUUACAGAGAUAUUAACAAUGUAAUUAUGAGAAUAUAUUACUUGUGUUCAUGCAUUUUAAUAUCAAGAAUAUCAAUGUUUUUUUACAAGCAGUUUAAAUCUCUAACUGUGACAACAACACAGAAUAAAAAUGAUUAUUUUACA